AUGAACUCUCUCGUGGCGACAAGCCGCAACUUCCGCAAAGCCGCCUGCCUCCUGGGGCUCGACUCCAAGCUGGAGAAGAGCCUUCUCAUCCCCUUCCGCGAAGUCAAGGUGAGGUAGAGAAGAGAGAGAGAGAGAGAGAGAGAGAGAGAGAGAGAGAACUGUUCUUCUUCCUUUCUGGUGUUCAACUUUUUCCUGAUUUUCUCGUUGCCUGCGGCUUUUUUGUUUUAUUACGGUCUUUCUCUUUUGGUGUUGGGUUGAUUUCUAUAGUUGUUUCCGACUCCAGUUCCUGUGUAGGUGGAAUGCACGAUCCCGAAGGACGACGGAACGAUGGCUUCCUAUGUUGGAUUCAGGGUACAGCACGAUAACUCCCGCGGGCCUAUGAAAGGGGGAAUCCGCUACCACCCCGAGGUGAUCUUCCUCUCCCGUUCAGAGUGUGGGGAUUCUACCCCAUUCUUACCUUAAUGUUAGGAUUCAUCGUGGUAAUAUUAAAAAUACCUAAUGGGUUCCACCGAUUAUUCUUCUUUCCAGCAUGAACUACAUCUGAUCGAAUCUUGCAUUGUUUUUUAUUGGGUUAUCUACGGUUAAACAAAUGAAAUAGAUCUUUUGGCCGUCUGUUGUGUCGUGAUUGAUCUGUUGAUGUGCUAGUUCAUCUCCCACCAUUCUAUGUGCUUGAAGCUCCCAGCUUGUGGGUCAUCCUGCUGACUGAAGUGUCUGACUAUUUGUCUUUCCUCCAGGUUGACCCAGAUGAAGUCAAUGCCCUGGCUCAACUUAUGACAUGGAAGACUGCCGUAGUAGAUCUACCGUAUGGCGGUGCAAAGGGCGGAAUUGGGUGCUCGCCCCGUGAUCUGAGCAAGAGCGAGUUGGAACGUCUUACUCGUGUCUUCACUCAGAAGAUCCACGAUCUAAUUGGGAUUCACACCGAUAUACCUGCCCCGGACAUGGGAACGAAUUCCCAGGUAAUCCUCAUCCAAUCUUGUUAAUCCCAUAUUGCCCAUGUUUCCGAAUGAUGUCUCAGUCUUCUCUUGCUUCUCAACUUCACCAGACGAUGGCUUGGAUUCUGGAUGAGUACUCCAAGUUUCAUGGCCAUUCGCCAGCUGUUGUUACUGGAAAGCCUAUUGUAAGCAACCCUCAAAAGGGCCUUCUCUGGAUUUGAUUCUUUUCUCUCUCUCUCUCUCUCUUUUAGUUUGUAGAAACUAACUAUAGUUUGAUGUGUGUAUCGUUGUCUCAGGAUCUUGGUGGAUCACUGGGUAGGGAAGCUGCUACUGGAAGAGGAGUUGUCUAUGCAACGGAGGCUCUGCUAGCAGAGUAUGGAAAAUCCAUUUCGGGAAUGACUUUUGUCAUCCAGGUGAGCAAAAGCUUGUUAAACCCCUCCGUGCUUCUCCUUUGCUAAAAGAGGACCGCUCCUGCCAUUAAACCUGGUACUUCUUUCAGGGUUUUGGUAAUGUGGGUUCAUGGGCGGCACGGCUCAUUCACGAGAGAGGUGGGAGGAUCAUUGCACUCAGUGAUAUAACUGGUGCUAUGGAAGAUCCACGGGGCAUAGACAUUCCUGCACUUCUGAAGCAUAAGGGUGAGGGUGGGCUUCUUAAUGAUUUUCAAGGAGCAACCCCCAUGGACGCAAACGAGCUGCUCAUCCAUGAAUGCGAUGUCCUUCUUCCUUGUGCCCUGGGUGGCGUCCUCAACAGGUAGGAUUCCAUGCCUUCACGCCUUUCCUCUCGUGGGUGUUUCUUAGACACGAUGUUGCUAUUUCUCGUGCUAUUUGUGUUAAAUACUUUAAAAAUUCCCCCAGAUUGAAUGGGAUAAAUGAAUCUUGCUGUUAAAUAUAUGGGUCCUGCUCUGCUUUUUCUCCAUUGAUUCUUAGUUGAAAAGCAUGAUGAUAAAAUAUGAAAGAAGCUGAACCUCUUGUUGAUAUGGUGGGCUCUCACAGUCAAUAUAAACAUGAUAUAUUAUCUGAAACAAGACUGAUUACUGAUUAUGAAGGAGUCAUCAGUUGAUUUUCCCAGUCUCUGAAUUUCAAUCUGUGAGAAUUAUGGGAGUAAAGUUUAUCAUCGCUUUCAUCAAUUUCAGGGAGAAUGCCGGCGAGGUGAAGGCCAAGUUUAUCAUAGAAGCGGCAAAUCAUCCCACCGAUCCUGAAGCCGAUGAGGUAACAUUGGGAGAAAAAGUUCCCCUACAAAGAUAUAAUAAUUUGCAUGAUAUAAGGUCUAAUGACUGAGCUGGUUCUCGCACAGAUCUUGUCUAAGAAGGGAGUUGUUAUACUGCCUGACAUUUAUACGAAUGCUGGGGGUGUAACUGUGAGUUACUUCGAGUGGGUUCAGGUAACACAGAAAAAAGUCUUGAACUUUGUUGCAAGACCUUUUAUUUUCGUUUAUAAAUGCAGUUGAUGAGCAAUCAGAUAUCAUCUGCCUGUCUUUAUUGAACAGAACAUACAAGGGUUUAUGUGGGAUGAAGAGAAGGUGAAUGUAGAGCUUCAGAGGUACAUGAGGAAGGCAUUUGAGAACAUCAAAGCAAUGUGCCGAACCCACAGCUGCAGCCUUCGGAUGGGUGCGUUCACCUUGGGUGUGAGCCGAGUCGCCAGGGCGACCCUUUUGAGGGGAUGGGGAGCAUGA